ACUUGUUUUUCACCUGACAGAACAAGUGCACCGUUUAGUGUCGCGGUAAAUAAAAGUGUUUAUAUUAGUGCGUUUACUAGAAACAUUCAGUUCGACGACCACUGUUCCACCUACCGCGUUUCAAACGUGCUGCAAAGUGUUCGAAUCGAUAUCAACAAAGAAUGCGUUGUGUGUAUUAGUGUGAAAUGGAUAUCUGUCCGGUUUUACUAUUGACCUAUAGUUUUUACAUGGUAAUACGUUUAUUUUAGGCUAACUAAUUAAUUUUUUCUACGUUUUGAAAACUGGACCUGCAUAGGCCUACUCCGUAUAGAGUAGAUCGGUACAUUAUGGUAAGCUAAUAUUGACCUAAACCAGUGUCAUAAGCCUUGUAAAAUCAUCAAUUCAUCUACAAAUAGGGCAAAAUCACCAAUUCAUCUACAAAUAGGUUAAUAAAUUUUGUAAAUUUACAAACAAGUGUACGAUUCUGUGAUCAAGUAACUAUCGAUAUUGCACGGAUAACAAAUUGUCCACAACCAGGUGGGAUUUAGUGAGAAGAAGCUCCCAAAGGUUAAAACAAUCCAAAUAAAGCGAUAUAAUAGUGAAGUGUGCUGGAGCCGUCCAAACCGGUUCCACAGCCUCUAGUCGUUGAACCCCAUUAGAUAAGUACAAACCGAUCUUCGUGAUAGUGCAGUGAUUGUGAAGUGAUUUUGUUUAUCUUCUAAAACGCCAGGUUGCAGGGAUCCCACAUUGCUGUUUUUAAAGGAUGCUCGGGGGCUGAGCCGUGGAGGGCGGACCAUGGGCCUCGUGCUCGUCCUAAUGCUGGCCGGGGUCUCCGUCGUCGCCGCCGAGCAAGUCGUGUUGCUGGACACGGCCACGGAGCCCACGCUGGAAUGGACACGUUAUCCCUUCGGUCCUGCCGCUACAACGCCUGGGUGGGUGGAGGAGAGCUACACCAACUUCGAGAAGGGCAUCAACUGGAGAUCCUACGUGGUCUGUGACGUGGCCUACAACAACGUCAACAACUGGCUGUGGACGCCCUUCGUCGAGAGAGGCGCAGCUAACCGCAUCUACAUAGAGAUCAAGUUCACCAUCCGGGACUGCUCGUUGUUCCCGGGCAACGCGCUCUCCUGCAAGGAGACGUUCUCGUUGUUGUACUACGAGUUCGACGCGGCGACGAGGGAACCUCCUCCCUGGGAGCCGGAGAGCUACAAACUCAUAGGUCGCAUUGCUGCUGGGGAGGGAAGGUUCAACACGGCCACAGACAAUAUCAUCAACACUGAGACCAAGUCCAUCCCUGUCAACAAGAAGGGGGUCUACUUCGCCUUCAGGGACCAAGGCGCCUGCAUAUCCCUUCUGGCCAUCAAGGUGUACUACAUCACGUGUCCCGAGGUGACCAUCAACUUUGCACAUUUUCCGUCCACACCAACCGGUCGAGAAGUCACCCUCAUAGAGCAAACUACAGGAACGUGUGUUGAUAAUGCGGAGGUUAUCGACACGCCCACCUACCUGUGCAAAGGAGAUGGGAAGUGGUCUCUUCCUACCGGAGGCUGCAAAUGCAAGGCAGGGUUUGAACCGGACUUUGAGAAGCAAACGUGUAAUGUUUGUCCCCCUGGCAAGUACAAGCACAAGACUGGAGAUGAACACUGUCAGCCGUGUCCGGCCCACAGUAAAGCCUCGGACUACGGUCUGGCCGAGUGUAGAUGCAACUCCGGGUACUACCGAUCACCCAAGGACCCCAAGAGCUCUCCGUGCACCCAGCCACCGUCAGCGCCACAGAACUUGACGGUGAACUUUGUCGACCAGUCUACGGUGAUUCUGUCAUGGACUUCUCCUAGUUUCCUCGGAGGUCGCUCAGACACGGUGUACAGAGUCGAGUGUGAUGCCUGCGGUCCUAGUGUCAUCUACUCUCCAACUACAGAUAUAUUCAAUGACACCAAGAUAACAAUAUCGGGACUGAGCCCUGUGACGACGUAUCGGUUCCAAGUUUUCUCCGCCAACGGUGUGAGUGACAUGACCAAUGAGCCAGGAGAGUACGUGGACAUCACAGUUACGACGGAAGCCUCAGUCAUGUCCGCGACUGUUAACAAUGUCAGAACUACAUCCGUCAAGGCUUCUGAGAUUACACUUACGUGGGACCCUCCGUUCACACCUGACUCUGACAUGGACUCUCCGGACCACGUGGAGAUGUAUGAGGUGCGAUGUUUCUCACGACAUGAGGAGAUCAACGCCACCAGCAAGAUGACGACAGAGAACCGCAUCUCAUUCACCGGACUGAGGCAACGGACGGAGUACGGCUUCCAAGUGAGAGCCAAGACAACUCACGGCUGGGGAGACUUUAGUCCAACUGUCUUCAAAACAACGGGUCAAGUUUUGGGCACAGCUUACAUCGGAGAUGAAGAUAACAUGCAAGUUAGAAUCAUCGCAGGAGCCACUGUAGCCGUCGUUGUCCUCUUGGUCAUCAUAAUCAUCAUGGCAGUGCUCUUCUUGAGAAGUCGAACCAAUGAUGAAUGCAACAAGAAGCAACCUAGUGAUUGUGACACUUUAGAAUAUCGAAACGGAGAAGUGCACUGCAGUCUGGAUAGCCCACCCAUAGUACCCACCCAUACGAGCAGCAUGACGACACCACUCUUUACCCAAGUCGGGGCUACAAACUCCCGGACGUACAUCGAUCCUCACACUUAUGAAGACCCGAACCAGGCUGUACGGGAGUUUGCAAGAGAGAUCGACGCCUCCUAUAUCACCAUUGAAGCUAUUAUUGGUGGUGGAGAGUUCGGUGAUGUAUGCCGAGGUAAACUCAAGCUGCCGCCUGACGGUCGAACAGAAAUCGAUGUUGCAAUAAAAACUCUCAAGCCUGGCUCGGCGGACAAAGCUCGCAAUGACUUCCUGACGGAAGCUUCCAUCAUGGGACAGUUCGAGCAUCCCAACGUCAUCUUCCUGCAGGGAGUCGUCACCAAGAGCAACCCUGUGAUGAUCAUCACGGAGUACAUGGAAAACGGCUCCUUGGACACGUUCCUCAGGGCUAACGAUGGCAAGUUCCAAGUGCUACAGUUGGUAGGGAUGCUGCGAGGAAUUGCGUCAGGGAUGCAAUAUCUCUCGGAGAUGAACUACGUCCAUAGAGACUUGGCGGCCAGAAACGUCCUGGUCAAUGCCCAACUAGUCUGUAAAAUAGCUGAUUUCGGAUUAAGUAGAGAAAUAGAAAGUACUACGGAAGGAGCCUACACGACAAGAGGAGGCAAAAUCCCUGUCAGAUGGACGGCUCCCGAAGCAAUCGCUUUCCGGAAGUUCACAUCUGCCUCGGACGUUUGGUCGUUUGGUAUUGUUUGUUGGGAGGUGAUGUCCUACGGAGAACGACCUUACUGGAAUUGGAGCAAUCAAGAUGUCAUCAAAUCUAUUGAGAAGGGUUAUAGGUUACCAGCACCUAUGGAUUGUCCAGAAGCUAUUUACCAGCUGAUGUUGGACAGCUGGCAGAAAGAGAGAACACAUCGGCCCAGCUUUGCGUCUAUAGUGAAGACAUUGGACAAGCUGAUACGGUGUCCGGAUACGUUGCGCAAGAUCGCUCAAAACAGGACGGCCAACCCGCUAGCACCAGACGCGCCGGACAUGACUCAGUUCACAUCAGUCAGUGAUUGGCUCACGUCUAUCAAGAUGGCGCGUUACCUCGAGAACUUUGAGCGCGCCGGGAUCACGAGUAUGGAGGCAGUGGUGCAGUUGACUGUGCAGGAACUAACUGCGCUUGGGAUCACGCUGGUCGGUCAUCAGAAGAAGAUAAUGAACAGCGUGCAAGCCAUGCGCGCACAGAUAUCCGCCAAUCUCUCGGAGGGAUUCCUCGUCUAGUCAACGGCGCCGCACCUACGUGGUGCGGUCCGUCACUCCCUCUACAACGACAUUUACGACUUGUAAAGACUGUUAAACAGUGAUUGUGUACGUGAACAUUCCAUGACGGAAGAGCAUUCCAUGUAAUGUAAUCGGAGCUCUUUAUAUUCGAGGUUUUAUGAAUGUGUACUGUGAUAAAGAUUCUGUAUAUUUUUUGUACAUUCGGCAGUACUUAACGGAAUUUUGUUUACUCUACGGCGUUUUGUGAUGUAAUUUAAUUUGUGUGAAACGACUUUGUUAAAUUUAUAAAUAUAUAAAUACGGUGUAUAUUAUAAACGAUUUUUUAUUGUGUUUUAGAAAAAUUGUAUAGAGCGAAAAUGAUUCCGUUUAGGAAGUGUAAUUACUUGUUAGUUUAGAUUAACUCGAUCAUUGGAUGUGUACGAUGUUUUAAUACCGAAAGCAAUAACGUUUUGUAAUGUAAGUCGUAUGAUUUAAAACCUUAUUUAUUUGUAGACACUGUGUAAUCGAGCCAUUAAAAUUGAUUAACCCCUAUCUAAACCAGUACUUAACUUUGUAUAGGUAUUUUUAUACUUUAAUUUAUACUUUUUUAUUAAUUAUAGUCUGGAAAAUGUUUUAGUUGGAUCGACAAUGGUUAAAGUUACUAGAAACAUUGCCAUCAUUAAGUCUGAGUAUUAGUAUUUAGUGACAUUUUUAUUUUGAACCAAUGUUUUUUGUUCUGUUUUGAAAUUUAUGUUAUAUGAGCCACUACUGUAUUCUACUUUAUAAAAAUGUUUAAUAUGACUUUAAUAUUUCCUUUGGUAUCCUUAAUAAUUUUCAAAAUGAAUAGUCAAUGAUAAUUUUAAUUGUAUUCAAGCAUACUUUUGGAAGUAAAAAAGUUAGCUAUGAAAUCUAAGUUUAAUUUAAGUUAAAGCUAAGCAAAAAACCCCACAACCUUCUCAAACAUGUGUAUUCUUAUUCAAUUGGAAUUAAUCCUAUAAAAAAACUUGUAUGAUGUUAAAAAGGUGUUUUUGUGAUUUGACUGUAAAAACUAAAUGUGUGCAUACUUUUUAAAGGCUAGACAAUUUGUAAAUAAAUUAAUAACCUCGUUUCAGAUUUCAUAACCAAUUUCCAAAAUGUUCUCAGUACUGUUGCCUAAGCAGGGUUGGUUUAUGUUACUUACUUGAUUCUCAGAGAGAAUGUAUAGUUUGUGGUACAACAUGUUUAUAAGGAAAUCUAAACAAUAAUUCACAAAUUAAGUAUUUUAUUUAAAACAUUAUUGAGUCAACUUUAAAUUUGCCAUUUACAAUUCCAAAUUUCCCUUCAAAAAAUUUUGUUAAUAGUCACAAAAAAAAUUAAAAAAUAACUUAUAAUUUUUUUUACACUGGCAUAAAAAUCUUAACUUUUUAAAUGUUGGAUAACUUGCUUCCCAAGUAUAUUCGUACAUUAAGAAGAUUAUUUAUUAAAUUAUAAUUAUAUAAAACUUUAUUUUAUAUCUAAAUAUUAGCAAUUAUCAAAUCAGUAUGGGAAAAAUAUUUAUUGAAUUUUUUUACUACUACAACUUGAAUACCUAUAUCCAAUGUCUUACUAUCCAACAUUAAUUUGUGGUGAGUCGGUCACUCAGUUGGGCCCGAGGCAGCGAUGUUGUGGGUUCGGAUCCUGAUACCUGCCACUACUUUUUAUCAGUACAAUUUGCUCUUGUACCGGCUUGCCCCUUGCUUUGCUGGAUACAUUCCAUGCACAGGCCUGUUCGGCCCAUGUGAACGGGCAAAUUCAAGGUUAAAGAGGCACCCAACUUCUAAUUUUUUUUUUUUUUUUUAAUUAAAUGUUUAGACUAUUACAAGGCACCUUACAAUAAAGUUGUACCACAAAUAUAUUUAGCUGUUAAUAUUUUACCUAUUUAUAUCACUGCCUUACUUUCUCAUAAAAUGGCUGGAAGUAUUGCACAAACAUGGUUGAAGACUGUAUUCUGUGGCUCCUGUCACUCUUAACUGCCAUUAAGCUGGAUAAAACAUGUCAUGAUUAAUUUGUACGAAUCAAAAGAGAUAUUUUAAGACUGGAGAAAGUUUUGUUUCCUUGCUCAUGCUUUUGUAGUUUGUUAAUUUUUGAAAGUACACUGAAUAGCUUUGUUCGUCUCAUCUUACGGUUCCUCGAAGCUGAUUCACCGCCACUGAUUCGAGUAAGUCUGACUCUAUGUCCCAGAAAUUCCUCACUAAAUACCAAUCUCAUUUAAAGUACUGCUUCCAUUUUGUACAAGCAUCUCAGACUAAUACAUGUAUAAGCUAAGAAAGUAUAGUUAUUUUUUACAACAUAUACUACCCGUGUACAUUGGAAAUAUUGUAUAUAUAUUUAUAUAUAUCCUUCCCACGAAUGUUAUACGCCAGUUUUGUUUUGACUCACUCAGUUUGUGUGCCCGCCUUAGUUCCACGUUUGUUUUAACGCUGCCGACUUUAGUCAUGUAACGCAAUGUAUGUUAAGCAUCAUUAUUUCUUGUAUGUAAAAGACUUUGUAUAGACAUUAUUAUAUAUUGAUCCUUGUUUUUAUUUCUUUUGUAAAUUUUCAUUAUAAGAAGAUAAGAAAAUAAAUGAC